CACACCACCCUCUUCAUAGCUCUUUCUGUAUCUCUCUUUGAUUCAUCAGUGAUCAUGUCAGCCCAGAUCCAGCCAAGCUUGAGGAGAGUCCUCUCCGACACCGCACGCAUAAUCAGCUCCAACUCCCUCCAUUUCACCACCCUAUCUCUCCUCCUAAUCUUCCCCAUCCCUCUCUUCAACAUCAUCCACACUCUGCUUCAGGACCCAUCUCCAUCUCCAUCUCCAUCUCCCUUCAAUUCUUCCCAGUAUCAGUAUGGCCAGCUCCCCUCUUUGAACAAAUCCCAACUCCUCUACUUCCUACUCUUCCUCAUAUUCAACCUCUUCUCCAUCUCCUCCGUCACCCACAGCACCUUCCAUGCCUUCCACAGAAACCCCAUCAAAAUCUCAUCAUCCCUCAAAUCCAUCCUCUCCACCUUCCUCCCUCUCCUCGCCACCAAGCUCGCCUACUUUGUAAUCAUCGUCGCCAUUUCCAUCGCCUUCGGAUUUUGCAUCGGUGUCGUUUACUUUGGCAUGAACACACUUCUAGGGCUGGAGAUGGGCCCCACCACCAAACCUUUCAUCAUAUUCAUGGCCGUGGCAAUGAUCCUCUUCGUCGUGCUGUACGUCUACUUGUGGGUGGAGUGGUGCUUGAUGGAUGCGGUCGUCGUCGUGGAAUCCAAAUACGGCUUCGCGGCGUUGAAGCGGAGCUCCACUCUCGUGAAGGGGAUGAGGCGCGUGGCGUUCGUGAUCAUCGCGCUGCCAGCAGUUAUGCAGGGGAUUAUAUCGUGGCGGUUCUCGGCUUUGGGCGGCGUGGCUCUGCAAAUGGUUGAUUAUGCUGUCUUGUCUACGGCGCUGACGCUCUUCGGCUUGGCUGCAAACACGGUGUUGUUGAUCCAUUGCCAAGCGGUUAAUGGAGAAUUGGAGAAACUGGAACGCUUUCCAAGUGAUGAGAAGAAGUUAAGCUUAAGCCAGAUUUAUGUUCAGUUGCCUCGUGCUGUUGUUGACCACGUCUAGGGAGGGAGUAUCAGUAUCACUAAUAAUUAUCCUACUGUAUCAUCUUUGUUUAAUUUGUUGUUGAAUGGAGUACUAGUAUUUGUAAGCA